CCAGACCGACUCUCGCGGCGCCGCCCCUAGCGCGGGCCGCAAGCAGCCUACCCGAGUGCGCGCAGAGGCCGGGCAGAACCGUACGGGACCGACCCGGAGGGACCCGGAUCCUUGGAGACUUCUGAUGGCUCUGCGGGGACCAACUUCACCCAGGAGGACCCAGCUCCACCGAGACCUCUGAUCUGCCCUGCCGGGACCAACUUCACCCAGGAGAACCCAGCAACUUCACCCAGGAGCACCCAGCUCCACUGAGAUCCCCGAUCACCCUGCGGAAACCAACUUCACCCCAGCAGACUCAGCUCCACAGAGACCCCCAGAUCGCCCCUGUCCGGACCUACUCCGCCCAGGCGGACCCCGGGCGGGGGGCCGAGGGCGCCCCCGUCGGCAGGGGCAUGCGCGUCCCGCGGCAUGGCCUCGGCUGUGUUUGAGGGCACGUCGCUGGUGAACAUGUUCGUGCGCGGCUGCUGGGUGAACGGCAUCCGCAGGCUCAUAGUCAGCCGGCGCGGAGACGAGGAGGAGUUUUUCGAGAUCCGCACCGAGUGGUCAGACCGCAGCGUGCUCUACCUGCACCGGAGCCUCGCCGAUCUGGGCCGCCUGUGGAAGCGCCUUCGCGACGCCUUCCCGGAGGACAGGCCGGAGCUGGCGCGCGCGCCGCUGCGGCAAGGACUGGUUGCCAUCAAGAAUGCACAUGACAUUGAGACCAGGCUCAAUGAAGUGGAGAAGUUGCUCAAGAUGAUCAUCAGCAUGCCGUUUAAAUAUUCUAGGUCAGAAGUUGUACUCACCUUCUUUGAAAGAUCACCUCUAGAUCAGGUGUUAAAAAAUGAUAAUGUCCAUAAAAUUCAACCCAGCUUUCAAAGUCCUGUCAAAAUAUCAGAAAUCAUGAGGUCCAAUGGAUUUUGUUUGGCAAACACAGAAACAAUAGUUAUUGACCACAGCCUACCCAAUGGGAAGGACCAGCACCUGGAUGUAGAUUCCACAGAGCAUCUGUUUGAAAAUGGCGGCGAGUUCACCUCAGAGAUGGAGGAUGCUGAUGACCCAGAGGCUUAUGUUACCAACUUGUCGUAUUACCACCUGGUUCCAUUUGAGACAGACAUUUUGGACUGAGCCUCUCCAUCAGGCCUCCCUCACCUUGGCCCUUGAUCACAUGUCCUCAUGUUGUCUACUAUGUGACCUCCAAGGGCCAAAGCUGCUGCUCGGCCUGGGCCUCCCAGGGGCCUGAGGCUCCACCUCUGCAGGGCCUGGAUGUCCUCAAGCAACUCCUGGUGUCCACAGGCGGAUCCAGGUCUCCAGCAACAGAAUGACCUGCGGUUCAAAGGGGCCUUCUGCCUGCACUCGCUUGCCUCUUCUCCUGGGUCUCACUGCCCCUGCUUGGUGCCUGCAAGCCACACCUCUCACUCUCACUGCCUUCCUUGGGGAGAGCAUUCCUCUUGGUCACAUGGCCCUGACUCCCCACAUUUCCGUCAUGCAUCAAAGGCACAAAGCAUUUCAAGGUGGGGUUGUGAUAAGUCACCAAGCUCUGGACCACACAAGGACGUUAAGAGACUUAGGACUUCCCAGGGAAACAGGAUGUAUGGCUUUCAUUUUUACUUUUCAUCUCCCUAGAAACUAGGUUUUCAGUUAACCCAAAGGAGUGUUUACAGAAGGUCUAGCGUGGAUGGAGAGUGUUGGCUGCAGGGAGGAGAAAUUGUUCUCAAUCUCAUGUGCACAUGAACUUGAGCAUCAAGCUAAAACGAAGCCCUUCCUGUCUGCCAGCACCUGUCAGCAGUAGCAGGGCUGUGAUGCUGUCACCACCGCCCAGGGCGUCUGAAGCUCCCCUGGGUGCACUCACUGACAUAAUUGCCAUAAUAAAUCAGAAAGGAAGGGAUGAGAAGAAAGGAAGCUUGCAGCUUGGCCCACAGGAAGGUCUGGGUCUUACAAGCUUGCCCUCCUAGUGUCUACUAAUGACCAGCACAUGCCAGUGUAAAUAACAGUAAAUUAUUGAGAAUUCUAAUUCUUUUACACAGUCUGUUUUUAAUCUAUUUUAAUUAAAUAAAUCUAUUACUCUACUUUGA